AUGUCUUCGGUCCAUCCCCGUAAGAGGCUGUCAAAGCAAACUCCUCCGGCCGACGCCGCUCGGGUGACGCAAGCCCCUGACCGGCGCUGCCCCAGCAUCAACAUCCCGAUGGUCUGCUACCACAACUACGAAGCGCUCGACCACCCGCACCUCCACAAGAUCUGCAGGAUCGACCGCGAAAUCCAGCAGCGGUGCAUCAUGUGCAACAACUCUCCCAAUCCGGACUUCCUCUGCAGGGACUGCAAGGGCGCGCAGUAUUGCUCGUGGGAGUGCAAAGUCGACGACCAGCAGCACCACGCCCUCGUCUGUGGCCAGUGGUCCAGCUUCGCCAUGGGGAAGCGCCCCAACAAGGACUCGGCCCGCAUCCUCAUCUUCCCCGCCAAGAGCGCCACGCCCGUGUUCGCCUGGGCCCGGAUGACACAGUCCCCUGGCGAGGAGACCGAGCGGCUCCGAGUGCGCCACCCGGAGAUGGUGCCCUUCCGCACCGAGAACAUCGCGCCGUGGACGACCAACCCCUACGCUAAAGCCGGCCGCAUCGGCUGCAUCAACGAGUGCCGCGCCCUGGCCGCGCGCGGCAAACCACUCGGUCACGGCCUGUUCGUGCUGGAGUGGGACCUACGCCCGCCCCCGGGUAGCGACCAGCCGCCGUCCCACGUCAGCAUCGACUGGAUCAACAAGUCGAUCAUGACCGUGACCGCCCCGGCGACGGGCACCGCGGCGUCCCUCACGGACAGCAUCCGGCCCGGCCAUGCCUGGCUCUGGACCGGCCCCAUCAUGGUCAUCUCGCUCAACCUGGCGCUGACCAGCGCCCAAGCCGAGCGGCACUUCGUGCUCGACCACGUCGACCUGCGCGACUUCCGCCACGCCGUCGACUUCUUCUCCCUCAACCUGCGCAACCCCUGCCUGCCGUUCGCUCACCCCCACCACGCACCUCUGUCUCCGGCGCCGUCCCUCGCGCCGCCGACCACGCCCCCAUCCCGACCCCAAUCCCAGCACAAACAGUUCCAAGGGUUCUCCAAACCCACCGCCUCCUCCCAUGCCCGCCGCUCUAUCGCCAAGAUGCGCAGCCAGCUGAAAACCAACCGAAAACACCUAACCGCCCCCUCCAAGCCACCAGCACCCUCCUCUCCCGGCAACCACCCCCGCCCUGCUGCCCCCCCAGCCAUCCGCUUCCGACUCCCCACCCUCCCAGCAAUCAAGCUCAACGAGCCGCACGUCCCCGUCAUGCACGCCCUGCACCAGCGCCGGGACCCAACCGCGCUGACACCGCCACCACCGCCGCCACCGCCGCUGUUGGAGGCGGUCUGCAUCAGCCGCGACCUGCCGCCGCCGGCCGGGGGCACGCUGCAGGGCGUGUCGGCGCUGUGCGCGCGGCUCGGGCUGGCGUGGGUCGUCCGGGCGGUGCUGGCGCACGGGGAGGAGCUGGAUUGGUUGUAUGAGGGUUUUUACGGGGCGGCGUCUGCUGCUGCUGUUGCUGCUGGGGAUGGGGAUGGAAACGGAGGCGGUGGAUCGGAUGAGAAUGACAACAAGAGGAGUGGCGGAAGCGGGGAUACUGAACAGGGCAACAACAGCAUCCCCACUCUCCUGGACGAGGUGCUCAGCCUGGACGAGAAGACGGGCGUGCUGCAGCGGCGGCGGCUGCCGCGGUCGGGCGACGGCAUGGUGAUCUUCCACGGCGCCGGCGGCAGACUGCUGACAGAGCAUGUGUACGCGCUGCUCCGGUUCAUCGAGGAAACCGCGGGGGGAGUGGAGCAGGCCGAGCACACGCCCGAGAAGUUCAGGGCGUUCUGGGACCGGCUGAAGGCGGAUGACAGCGAGAACAUUCCCGCCGAUAUCCCCUCGCCGUAUGACCUGAUGCCGGAGCCAAGCGGCCAGAGCGGGUCAAAGCUCGCCGAGAGGUUCGUGGUGUGCAAGCAGGUGUUCGGACGGCUGGUGGAGGAGAAUGCACCGCUGGCCUGA